AUGAGUGACCACGCUGAUCUCAAAGAUCAACUCGAAUUGCUAAUAACACCCGCCAAAGGUGUGACGAAUGUGACUCUUGAUGAGAAAUAUGACGGUAAUGUUAGACUGAAGUUUAUUCCCAAACUACCUGGGGCCUACAGCACUGAGGUGAAGAUUAAUGGCGAUAAACUACCGAUCUGUCCCAUCACUGUGCAUGUUAAAGAACGUGAACUUGUCGUGGUCGGUGAGUUGAAGAUAAAGCUCUUUCCAGGACACACGCUUAAACGGUUAUAUGGAGUUGUUGUGAAUACAGAAGGCCAGAUAGUUGUGACAGAUAACCUUGGCAACUGUUUAUAUGUUUUUGAUAAAGAUGGCAACUGUAUGAGAAAAAUCGGACGCAAGCGUAGUCAUAGAGGACAAUUUCAGUUUCCUAAUGGCAUUUCGUUUUUAAAUGACAACGAAGUCCUAAUUGCAGACUUAGGCAAUUGCAGAAUACAACGACUUAAUAUUCAAACAGGAACUGUGGUGAAAAGUUUUGGACAAGAAGGCAGGGAAAAAGGAGAGUUUAGCAGGCCAAAAGAUGUUACUGUGGAUGAUAAAAAGCGCAUUUAAUAGUGUCGUUUGCUCCCUUGACUCUGAUGAUCCCUUGACUCUGAUGAUGACUUCCGCUCAGGUCGUCGAAACGUCAGUCACCACUACCGACAACAGUCCUUCUCAGGACUACACUCACCCGGACGAUCAAACUACACUAUUACAUGCUACCCCCGGGUUCAAACCAUUUACUGUAAAAAGCGCAUUGCUGUAACCGAGUGGGGCAAUGAUAGUAUACAGGUGAUGUCAAAGGAAGGAGAGUCUAUUUUUACAUUAUUUCUGUGCAUCGUCAUUUGAAUAAUCUAGAGCAAGAAAUUUAACGGCGAGUCCUCAAAUAUGUCUAGUCCAACAGAAAAACUACAUGCUGUAUAGAAACAUUUAACAAAUUUGACUUUUUUGUAGGCUGAUAAUUUAUAGCUGGAGAACGUUGAGACCAUGUGCUGCUUUUUGUAAUCAUUAGUUGGUCAGGAUAUAUUAAGUCCGCGUUUUUCAACCUAAGAAAAUAUGUAUAUCCCUAAGUAAGCUUUGUCUCAAGAACAAUUCAUGAUUGCAUAAUUUCAUAUGUAUAAAUAAUCAACAAGUACAAGAAGUAAGGUGAUAACUGUAUUUAAAAAUGGGCAUCUACUGGUUAAUUAAAUUAUAAUUAGAGGUGGUUAGUGAUUUGCUAACUAAGCUUAACUGUUAGCUCUUACCUGUUAUGAAAAAUAGUCUUAGGUUUUGUUCCAUAUAACGUGGCGAUACAGAAUAGGAAUGCAUUUAAUAAAUGAGACUUACAAGUUUCCAGUUGUUGUUAUGAAUGAUUAGAAAAUAUCUUCCAGUUUUAAAUAAUUAUAAAUAACAUUUUAAAAUAAAGUUAUUUGAAAAUUUGAUUGGGAAAUAUCAUUUCCAAAAUUGCAAAAACCUUAGUUUCCCUUGAAAAUAAAAAAGGUUAUGUCGAGUUCAUUUAUGCUUGAAAUAUAAUUGGCCAUCAAGAAACUAGAGCUGAGGCAACAAAACUCCAUACAUCUUCAGAAAAAACAGGGAUAAGCUGUGGCAGUAAAGAGUCAAUAGCGUUGUAAGAUUAACCCUGAGAGAUUUGAACAUGUUUUUUCUACACCAUUUAAAAUUUUUCAUACCCGUAACCGGCUCAAAUGUGGCGAUUUCAUUCUCAUAUAGAAUUGCUUAAAGAUUUCUCAGUACAUCUCCCUGAUUUCCCAGCGAACUUAACACUCAUCCCGUGGAAGAAGCGAGUUCACAGGGUUGGGUUUUAAACGUUGUGAAUCGCACGUGCCACAACAAUUACAGCUCUUGCACGUAGUGCAGACCUAAGAGGGUUUUCUUAAUCCUACAGCGAUGGUUUGAUGGAUCACUUUUUGCCAGAAUCACAUGAGCGGAAAAGUUUAUAUUUUUGUUCUUUCGAGCACUAUUUUCAUCGUAAGAUAUAAUUCUUAGAACAAAAAAAAAACAAAAAAAGAGAAAAGUUUUAAAGAGUAAAUGUAGUGCUUUUUCCAUCUCUUCUAUAUUUGCCUUUACUACAGAGAAACUGACUCGAAGAUAAGGCAAUAAAUAAAUGAGUUGAUAAAUGAGUAAAAACUGAUAAAAAAUGUUUAAUAAACAAAUAAAUAAUAGGCAAUCGGAAAAAAUGCCCUCUCAUUUCUUUCACCAAACUAACAGAUAUGCAGACACAUUGUUCAUUAACUGAAUCUUUAGUGUAAAACUAAAUGGAACAAAUUAACGAAAGUGCUGAUUGGACAGUUGACCUAAUGGAAAAUAAAUUACCUCAUCUGUGUCUUUCCCUUUUGGUGCUUCAUUUUGUGAUCAGGUCAUUUGUCUGCAUUAGCAAAUAUACAUGAAUUACUAUUGCGGACCUAUUUCUGCUGCGAAACUUUCAGUCAGUUCAGACAAAUGGGAAGUAUCCGUAAUUAAUAUGAAUAUAUCACGGUCCAUUUUCAUUUACUGAGAUAAAGGUCUAGCGCAAAAAAAUUUAUAGAGUUUGAUUUCAUCUCUUCCCCGCUUCCACCCCCCCCCCACCCCUGAUUUCUCGCGAACAAAGUGCUAGCGAAACGGGAAGCGAAAUAAACAAACGACAUGAGGCUAAUUUGCAUAAAUUAGUUCGCGUGCCUUGCUGCAUGACCUGUAGAUACAAAAUUAGAAUUUUUAUUCUUUCACGAUUACCGAUGUUGUUGGCCAACAUACUCUAUUCCAAAUAGCAAAGGCUACAGCAUUUACAAUAAAAUAAGAAAUAAUUCAAACUGUAAUAAGUAAAUUGAAGUAUCGAAGUAUCGUCUUAUUUUGGCCUUCAAUUCACUUGUCGCUUCCCACUUUAACAAUUGUAUCUCGCUGUAAGAGCCUUAAUGAUUCAACAGUUGAUCAAAUUCAAGGAUAUUGAGAGGAAUAUGUUUAAAAGAUAGUUUCAAGGCAGCAGAUAAACAGCUAAAAGUCACAAACUAAUCUAUUGAAUGUUAUCAGGCAAGUCGUGACAGAUUCUCCGAAAUUUAAAUAUAGUCGUAAAGAGUAGCUUUAUGGUUUUUCAAAAGAAAACUAUUUAUUCUCUGUUUUCAUUGAAUGAUGUUUUCAAAACCGUAGGCGUUUUUAUACCUGUGUUUUCAAAGAUCUCUGGGAUUGACUAAACCCAGGAUAGACUUCAAAUAAGAUAGAUGAGAAAUAUAGUCGACUGUCUCGCCAGGGGAAUGCAAAUCACAAAUUAUUAUUUUGACCUCAGCUGAUGACGCGCCGAAUUUCCUUUCAUGCAAGAAAGGGUUGCCACCGACGACGGAAUAACUAAUUCUAAAUUCUAGGAUGCGAUUGGUCGGAGGAAGUCAGUUAUCAUAGACUUUAUGCUGUUUUCUCUGAAACUGAAAUAGUAUCCCUUUGAUGACGUGUUUUGAAAGGGAUCGUCGCUUGAAUAACGAAGGAAUUUACCACAGUUUAACCGACGAUCGUCAUGGAUCCUCUCUUUAAGAAUCUCAAGAAACAAGUUACUUGCUCGAUUUGUCUCGAUACCUACACCGAGCCUAAAACUAUAUCAUGUCUUCAUACAUUUUGCUGUGAGUGUUUAGAGAGACAUGCAAGAGUGAGCCAGAGACAUGGGAAAUUCAGAUGCCCCGAGUGUCAGGCAGAAAUCGAUUUACCGCAAGGAAAUCGCUUCGACCGUUUGCCCAACAGCUUUUUUCACAAAAGUCUGUUAGGUGUCCUUGAAGCAGAAGAUCGCCAAGCCAUUCCGAGGCAGCAACAGGAAACUUGCUCGCAACAUAUGGAAGAAAGAGUACGAUAUUACUGCUCCUCGUGUGAUGCGUGUAUUUGUCCGAUUUGCGUCGUCGAAGACCACCGAAGUCAUGCGUUUGACUUGCUUGAAAAAGCAGUGCAAGAGGAUAAGAAAAACAUUAUGUUGACUGCCGAGACCAUCAAGGAAAAGGCAAACUUGUUUCGAGCAAAGUUAAGAAAAUUAGAGAAAACAUCAGAGGAUGUGGAAAUGAAUAUCGCAAUCGCUAAACAAGAAGUGUCGAAGGCAACUGAACGCGUGAUCACAAAGACGCGACAGCAAGAAAAACAGCUUUUAGAGUCCUUAGAAAUGACGCGUAGGAAUAGAUUAGACCGAGCUAACUCGGCUAAACAAGAACUGGAAUCUCUGGUAAAACAAAUGCUCCAAGCAGCUGAAUUUGCGGAGAAUCUGGUGCAAAGAGGGUCAACUAUGGAUAUCAUACAAAACAAAAACAAAUUGAGGCAGAAACUUGAAGAGCUUCGUGGAGUUGUAGUUCCAAAACGUCGCCUGGCUACAUUUGUCAAAUUUACCGCUGCAUCGCAACGCAACUUUAAACUGGGUUCUAUUCAAGUCUCUGAGAAACCGGCAAUCGCAGCUAAAUCAACUCUACAAGGACCGGAUGAAACUUUUCGGGCUGGUGUAGAAGCAAAGCUUACCUUGUGCCCCCGGACAUCUGGAGGAGAGAUGAGUGACUACGCUGAUGUCGCAGAUCAACUCGAAUUGCUAAUAACACCCGCCAAAGAUGUGGCAAACGUGACUGUUGAUGAGGAAUAUGACGGAAAUGUUGGACUGAAGUUUACUCCCAAAUUACCCGGGGCCUACAACAUUGAAGUGAAGAUUAAUGGCGAUAAACUACCGACCUGUCCCAUGACUGUGCAAGUAAAAGAACGUGAACUCGUUGUGGUCGGUGAGUUGGAGUUAAAGCUCCUUCCGGGGGACACGCUUGAACGGCUAUAUGGCAUUGCUGUGAAUACAGAGGGCCAGAUAGUUGUCACAGAUAACUUUGGCAACUGUGUCUAUGUCUUUGAUGAAAAUGGCAACUGUUUUAGAAAAAGUAGAGGCGAGGGUAGCAAUACGGGACAAUUUCAGUACCCUGACGGCAUUUCGUUUUUAAAUGUCAACGAAGUCCUAAUUGCUGAUUACAGCAAUAAUAGAAUACAACGACUAAAUAUUCAGACAGGAACUGUAACUAAAAGUUAUGGGAAAAAAGGCAAAGAGAAAGGCGAGUUUGGCAGGCCAAUAAACGUUACUGUGGAUGAUGAAGAGCGCAUUGUUGUAACCGAGCGGGGCAAUGAUAGGAUACAAGUGAUGUCAAAGGAGGGAGAGUCUAUUUUCACAUUUGGAGACAAAGGCCCAGAGAAACUCCGAAAUCCAACCUGCUGCAUUACCUACGAAAACAUGUUUCUCGUAUCUGAUGAAGGCAACCACUGCAUCAAAGCGUUUGAUCAGUUAGGAACAUUCUUAUACAAGUUUGGUGGAGAAGGGUAUCAAGAUGGACAUUUUAACACGCCGCAUGGUUUGCUUGUAGACAGCUCCAGUAACCUUCUAGUAUGUGACUUUGGCAAUAACCGAGUUCAGGGGUUUUCUCUAGAUGGUCGCUUCACCGGCAAAAGUAUCACUCGUUUACCACUCCCUACUGCGAUAACAAAAGCACCAGACGGGCGCAUUCUUGUCACUAGCAAUGAUGAGAAAAAAGUGUACAUUUUGAAAUAG